AACCACCAUUUUCAUACAUUUCUAACUAUUUAGAGUUUCCUCAAGCUAUGGCGCUCUUCGGUAUCCAUAAUCCAUGGGUCAUGGCACUCGGCAUUUUAGGUAAUAUCAUCUCCCUCAUAGUGUAUCUUGCUCCAGCGCCAACAUUUUAUAGGAUUAUUCGGAAAAAAUCUACUGAAGGGUUUCAUUCAUUCCCAUACGUGGUUUCCUUGUUGAGUUGCAUGCUUUGGAUUGACUAUGCAAUAAUUCGAUCAGAUGUUCUUCUUAUCACAAUCAACUCUAUUGGAUGCCUCAUCGAGACUGUAUAUAUUCUCCUGUUCAUUGUCCAUGCAACCAGAGAAACAAAGAUAUGCACUUUGAAGCUUGUAAUUCUAUUGAACGUCAUUACCUUCGGGUUGAUUUGCGUCCUCACUGAAUUUCUAACAAAGGGUCCCCAAAAAAUUCGAAUUCUUGGAUGGAUUAAUGUUUCUUUAGCCGCAGCAGUAUUUGUAGCACCGCUAAGCAUCAUGAAAAAGGUUAUAAACACAAGAAGUGUGGAGUUUAUGCCCUUCUGGUUAUCAUUCUCUCUGGUAUUGAGUGCUGUUACUUGGUUCACUUACGGCUUAUUACUGAAAGACAUGUACAUCACGGUUCCAAACAUAGUGGGCUUUCUGUUUGGGAUGGUCCAAGUAGCCCUCUACGUGAAAUACAAGAAGUUCAAAAUGGAGGCAAAAGAGCCACAGCCCAGUGUUAAUUCGUGUGAAAUAUAUCCAGUUCGCUCUUCAUCAUCCAUUAAUGAGGAAGAUCUUGUGGUGGUGGAAAUAACCGAACAAAAAAGCACAGAACGACUCGGGGUUUAAUUGAAGCUUGAAGCUCCUCGCAAAGAGAUUAUUUUAGUUUAAUAAGAUAGGUUUUUAAUAUGGAUUUUUCUAAUGUGAUUUUCUGCCCUUGAUGUACUACUACUACUACUACUAUUUCUAUUGUAUCUGUACUCUAUUGCGUUGGCGAUAAGCGCAAUAAGGAGGGAGAGAUAAAGGUAGUAGAAAGAGGAGAGGAUGUAUUUCUGUAACUGGUGUUUGAUGUUUCAACCUAGUGCUUAAG